GGCACUGUACUGUGGAACCCUGGAACCCUGGUACACUGCGCAUUGUGUUUCGCGCACGUUUCAGCCUGUAUGCCCAGUUGUUUUCCUGUCCCGGCUGCUGCUUGACGGCUGAUCCUCCCCGGUGUGUUUUGUUGUGUCGGACUAAAUGUUUUAAGCGUCAACAAUGAGUGUGACGUGGCUGCUUGUAGCCGCGUGCCUGGCGUGCGCGAGCGCCGACCGCGGCGGGUCGUCGCUGCGUGGGGCGCUUGAAGCGCUGCAGCGCAGGCAGCGCGGCCGCAUGCAUGGACCUCUAGCGCCGCAGCCGGAUUACGACCAGCUGUAUGAGUUUGUGCCACCGCAAGGAUAUCCAGAUAUAGACUACCCGGUUGAGGUUGAAGAUGUUGAAGACGAACCGAAUGCCAAGUAUAUCAUAAAGCUUCUCGACUACGACGAACGGGCGCCUGAAGCAUACGAAUACAAAGUUAUCAAGAAGAAAAACUUGCACGACAGCGAAAAUUCUGCUCCCAAAAAAGAAUCUGCAUUCCGUGAAAGGACCCAUCACUCGGACAAUGAACGCUUACGAGACCUGUUUAUGGACAAAAACGAGGCCGAAGAAAAAAAGGAACUUCAAAACCGAGCUGAGAAUGAUGCUGAAUACGCUUUGCUCUUAGGACAGCUUUGGUCCAAAUACAAAUACAACAAGGCUCACGCUAACAGCGUUCAGGAAUCUGCCCCACAAGGAGUGGUUAAGCUGUAUAAAGAGAAAAUUGUCAAGAAGCGGUACCCAGAAAAUUGGGGACCGAUUGCCUUUAAGAGGAAGCGUAGUUCAGACCCUGACAUUGAACGACCUGCCUCACCUGACUACGAUUCCGGACGAAAACAUGGUGACAUACUGAAUGAUCCUACCUACAACGCUUAUGAAGUCAACGAUGAUGAUAAGGAUGAUCUUCGUGAAGAGUAUGCAAUCGCUUUUCAACCUCUAGAUGAUGAAAAUUUUUCUGAGAUUGGUGACGAUGAUCAAUAUUCAUACGAUAAUGUUGAAAAGAGAUUCCCAGUCUCCAAACGUAGCAGUGGACCGUAUAACUUUGGAAUGCAAAAGAAAAGGUUUGCAUUGGAUCAAAAUAAACAUCAAACAACUAAAACUUUCAGAAGCAGUUCCGGUACUGAUCCAAGAAUCAUAAAGGAUUUAUCAAAAAUAUUUGGUGGAGCUGAUAUUGAAAUCAUUAAAACUCCAGUCAAACGGAGCAGUGAUCACGAAGAAAGUCCCCACGAAACAAAGCCACCAAAAGUAGCCGUCUUAUCGCAUAAGAAUCUUACUCAUGAAAACAAUACUUCAAUAACUGACGAUGAUAGUCACGAGCACCAUGGUCACAACGUUCACCACCCAGGUAUGAUCGGCAAAGAAAAAGACAUUGAUCAUGAUCAUGAACAUGAACAUGAGCACGGAGAAAGUGAACGACCCAUAAAUAUUAAGAAAAAGUCCAUCGACUGGUCCGAUUAUUUUGGUAUUGAUAAACGUUCUAAAAACCCAGCAGUGUCAUUUGUUAACGAUCUUACAAAGGAUAGACUCAACAAACAAUAUUUUGACACUUUUAACAAGGAAGUAAUAUAUCCUUUGAAUGGCUUCCGUAAACACAGCAACGUCAAACGGAAUUAUGUUCAAGCUAACCCAAACGGCGAAAGUGAAUCUCAAAUUGCUAAAACACUACCAAUGUCACAUCAAAACGAUGAGAAACGAAACACAGCUACAGACAAUGAUGCCAAAUUGGACAAUAUUGAUAGGAAGUUGAAGACAAUGGAGGGUUUGAUUGUAGAUGAAGCACUACAUUACUCUAACGUGGGCGAAGAAUUAGAUUCCAAAGAAGAACAAGAAAUGAAAGAACAGCUACUUUCCCGAUUGGCUGCAGCCUACAGUUUGGAAAAGAUGAGGAAAGCUUUGAAAGAGUUCAAGCAGAGUCUUCAAACUCAAAAAUCAGAAACUCAAAUGUCACCUUCACCCAUGCCGACGGAUGAAGCAAAAGCUAAGCGAGUAGCCGUGAAGAAAGAAAAAGUGGAAAUCAAUAACAAUGACAUCCCCGUAUUCAACAAUGAUAGGAAUGAUGAUUUUGAGGAUGAACAGGGAGCGGGACAUUAUCUCAAUGGUAAGAUCGAGGAGCAGUUCUCUGAAGGAUACAUGGGUGGCAGUGGAAGACAUCGUUCUCCUGUAUUAUCAACAGUUGGUGCUACUGGUUCUUGCCCUGUACUCGCUAAAAUUAUACAACGAUGCCGUGGAGUUGAUCUACUGGCUGGGGACCGCGGGCAGCUGUUCUUACCCCUCUGCAGCUUGCAUCAAAUCUGCUACCUUUGUGGCGAGGCUCCACCGACGACAUGCGACUUGGUAUUCUUAUCUGAAGCUGACACUUCUUGCGAUGGAGAUAUGAGUUGCCAACGAGCCGCCCGCUCAGCCCUGAUGGCCUUGAGGGAGCUCCACGACCACCUGGCAGACGAGUUAGAUGGAGAAUGUGAGGCCAGUCCCUGCCUGCCCGCUACCCUCAAACUGAACCUCGGCUGGCAACGCGCCCUUCAACGAUAAACCACUACAACUUUCACCGGAACGAACCCAAACUAACGCAAAGGGCUCUAUCCCGAUGUGGAUUUGCUGGUACGGUCUCUGGGAUCAUUUGAACCUUUUUGACAUUUAAAAGAAAACUUCUUGUUUGAGUUUCCUCAUUGGUUACACAUCUUUCUUUUGCAAAAUUCGAAACAUUCAAAUUCUCCGAAAUCUUACCAGUAUGACACAUUCGCAUGAAGGAAUCUUGCUCUGAGGAUCACGUUCUAACACGGGCGUUGGCAAUCGAAGAUGGAACUUUUUCGUUCCUCAUUCAAAAUAGCUGUUCACGUCUCAAUGGAUCUCAUCACCAUAUUAGUCUAGGAACGUCGUCAUAUUCGUACGAGUCUAACCAGCCAUAGACGCGUAUGAAUAUACAGGCAGGCAUCACAAUGUUGGUAUCAAAUACAUAGUUAUUAUAUCGCUGGCGUGUUUUUAGCGCUAUAUCUACUGCUACGCUUUCAUUGUUAAAUGUCAUUUGAAUAUUAUUGUAUAGAACGUUGUACGAACAUUUUGCUAGAUAUAUUUUUGCGGUUUUUCUGAUAGUUCAUCUAUUCGGUAUUUUAGGGCUCGAAACGGGACUAGAUGUUGAGGAUUUUCAAAUGAAUUGUGCUGUUUAACAAUGUAUUGGAGAUGGUAAUUUUAUCGUUGUUAAGUAUUUAUGUAUUUAAGUGUACCUAUUGGUGUAAGGAUUGGAAUUACCAUAUAUUAAUUGUGUACCUACUUACUAAAUGUAAUUUCAAAUUUAAUACCUACAUGGAUAUUAUAAAUGGGAGUUUUUAAUGUGGAGGCGAAGUAUAAAUUCAAAAUUUAAAUGUUAUCUUAAUAAAAUUGUACUCAUUUACGUACUAGAUAAUCAAUGUCUAUAUUUUCUUAUUCUUUUAAUUACGAUAGAUACUAAAUUUGUAAUGAAUGGCGGUGGUGAUGUGAAGCAGGAGGAGAAUCGCGUGCUUUGUCUGAUCUGUUUCUGAAGAUGGUUGUCGGUCCACACAAAGUCAUGCCUUUUUAUUGAUACAAAGCGACUUAGCACUAGUGCUGCACUUUUAGACU